CAAACUAUGUAGCCUAUCGCAGGCUGACAGAGCUGGGGAAGAGAGAGCUGGGCUUUGAGCUUCGGUCCAACAGAGGGAGAGGAUUCCAGUCUGUCUGCAUUUGAUAAACAUAUCAAGGUAGAACCAGCAGACUAUAGAACUGGCUGGGGAGCUUGAAGUGAAAUAGAGUGCAAGUGGGUUUGACUGAUUUUAGACCGUCUUGAUCCUAUGCUACUUAUCAAAAGGCAUUGAUACACUGGAAACACAUUUUGAAGGUGUUGGAGAUGGCCAGCUUUAACUGUUCUUCAGUAGACUUCUCUGGGUCUCCAGAUGCUCUGGUACAUUGCAUUGAGGCUGGGGCAUGCAACCAGAGCUCUUCCCUGCCAGGAAAUAAUGGUUCCCAAGCAGUGGACAUGUGCCUGAGCCACGAGCAGUACCUGCUGAAGUACCUGGGGCACCGUAGGUCUCCUGCCUUUUUGCCCGUCUGUGUCACCUACUUGCUGAUCUUCCUGGUGGGGGCUCUGGGAAACGCCCUGACCUGCACGGUUAUCGCCCGCAACAAGGUGAUGUGGACGCCCACCAACUACUACCUGUUCAGCCUGGCGGUGUCGGACCUGCUGGUCCUGAUUUUCGGCAUGCCCCUGGAGCUGUACGACAUGUGGAGCAACUACCCCUUCCUCUUCGGCAAGGGAGGCUGCUACUUCAAGAUCUUCCUCCUGGAGACCGUCUGCUUCGCCUCUAUCCUCAACGUGACGGCGCUCAGCGUGGAGCGCUACAUCGCCGUAGUGCACCCGCUCAAGGCCAAGUACGUGGUCACCAGGGCCCACGCCAAGAGGGUGAUCCUCACCUUGUGGGCGCUCUCCAUGAUCUGCGCCGUGCCCAACACCAGCCUGCACGGGAUCGACACCCUGCCCCCGAGGUUCGGCCGCCAGUACCCCGAGUCGGCCACCUGCACGCUGGUCAAACCCCAGUGGAUCUACAACCUCCUCAUCCAGGUGACCACCCUGUUCUUCUUCCUGCUGCCCAUGAUGACCAUCAGCGUGCUGUACCUGCUCAUUGGCCUGCAGCUCCGGCGGGAGAGGAUGCUCCACGCGCUCGAGGCCAAGUCGGGCCUCAGCCACAGGAGCUACAGCGGCGUCCACAGCCAGCAGCAGAGAGUGCGCCAUCAGCAAGUCACCAAAAUGCUUUGUGUGCUGGUGAUAGUGUUUGGGAUCUGCUGGGCUCCCUUCCACUCCGACCGCCUUGUCUGGAGCUUCAUCAGCGGCUGGACGGUCCAUCAGCGGCAGAUCUUUGAGUACGUCCACCUCAUCUCCGGCUUCUUCUUCUACCUCAGCUCCGCCAUCAACCCCAUUCUUUAUAACCUCAUGUCCACCCGCUUCAGAGACAUGUUCAGGGAGGUGACCAGCCAGUGUGGCUGUGACUUCCGCAGGUACCCACCGAGCAGGAGCCCAGUGACCCACCUCACCCUGCGGAGCACCGUCUACGAAGUUCCUCCCGGCAACAGUGCCCCCAACUCAGAGGGGGACAACUUUAGCAAGUGCACAGGCUGGCAACAAGAGUGCGAGACCAUUGUAACUUAGCAAGGGAUCCUGAAGGGUAAAAAGUUUCAGUUAUCAAUAUUUAAUGAUGCAUUUAUUUCUAUAGAAAUGACUACACACAACAUUGUUGAAAGGACGUGGGUUGUUUUUGAAUACUGAGAUACCAUUUUGAAGGGAAUGUGAAAAGGCAUUCAAAAAGUUCAUUUGAAAUAUGUACAUUUCUAAAAACAAGUGCAUGUACUUUUAUUUGGCGAGCUUGCCUUGAACAGGUGCUGUUUCCCAAUAACAGAAUGGACUUGACAAUUAAUGAGGAAACUUGUAAGUGUUCACAGCUUUGUACAAAUUAACUCUUCAUGCAAGUGCCAAAUGCUCUAUGUAGAACUAACUUAUGAAGCUUUUAAACUGCCUUCCUAAUUCCAAGGAAGGAUACUUAAUUUAUAAAUAAUUGAUGAAAAGUGUUCCAGAUCUCCUGUAGAGUUACAAGAAAGGUAGUGAGCCAUGUAGCUAACAUGGGAGUUGGGAAAACAAAAGGGCUUUGGAACAUCGAUAGGAUGGGCAAAUAAUUAAUCUAUAUGGUAGUACUCAGGGCUACCAAACUGCCAAAUCUGCUAUUCCAGUCCAAUUAUUGGUAGCCCAGGUACAGUAUAUUGAGGUGCAGCCACAUUAUUUGCUAUUUGGAAGAGCAGGAUAUUUCCGUCAAUGAGCCAGUAUACCUAAUGAAGUGGCCACUGAAUGUAUAUACUCACUGGUAUACUGGAAUAUACAUGUGUAUAUCUGUAUCAUUUUACAGGAAAUUAUAUUUACAAACUUGCUGCAUGCUUUAUCUUUUAUUGGCUGAGCAUUGUACUGUAUUGAAAAAUAAUUGAAUAGUAAUGUAUCAUUUUCUAAAAUCAUACAUGCGAUCAGUGAAAAAAAACCAGACAGCUUCUCACUUUGUCAACAGAAUGGCAUCACAAACUCAGUGCUAGCUUUCUGCUUCACAAACUCUAACAAUAUAUUAUAAUUAUAUAAUACAAUAUUUCAUAAAAACAGCAUUAAAACAAAAGGCAAUUUAAAGUUUUUUGCUUCUCUGGCUGCUCUGAUUGGUUUUUAAAAAUGCUGGCAAAAAUACCCACUGUAUAUUUCGCUUGCACUACCUAGGAUAUUCUUAUUAGUCAAUGCAAAUGGUACACUUAAAUAUCUUAAUGUGGUGAGGUAUUAUUUUAAUAUGGUUUCACUUAAUGUUUGAGAGUAUGAAUUGUCUAGGCUAUGCUGAGAGAUAGUUUAACAAUUGCUGGCAUGUUAGAGCAAAAGCUGGUUAAAAAGGAGAAUUUCAAGAAUCAUACCUCCUCUCCUCUUUUAAAAUAUUGUGUUUCCUGCAGUCAGACUUUUGGCUACUUAUCUAACUGAGGGACAAAUAACUGAAAGUCACCUAACAGAAAGUCACCUAACUUUCCUGUCAGGGACAGAAAAAUGGUGGUCCCAUGUGUCCAUCCCUGAAGAUGGAGUUACAAAGAAUCUUUGAAGCAUUUUGGGAAACAUAGUACCACUGUAACCAGUAACCAGUACCACUGGUUAAUUGAUUUGAUUAAGAUGAUUUUCAUAAAUGAAUCAAACUAAUGAACUUUCCUUAGGUUGUGUUACGCUAAUUUCAUCUAUAAGGCAUGCUGGAAAAAUGCUUUUGUAAGUUUUCUCAAUGUAUCCGUCAGUUUUGAGUAUAUGUGGCAAUAUAAAUCAAUGUAUUAUAUAUGUAUAUAUUUUUAAAUCUGGGCUUGAAAAACAUUUGUCUGAAAAAUGAAUUUCAACAAAUUGAAUUUUCCAUAGACAACAUAAAAAAGUAAUUUUAGACAAUAUCAUGGUUAUAUCUGCAUGAGCAUGUAACUACAUUGGGCAUCACAAAGAAUAGGCCCUCUGACUCAGCAGAAAGUUUUGUAAGUCUUUCUUAAGUAUACCUUUCAGCUCUCUGCUUUAAUAUAAACUCUGGCUACAGAUUUGAGUUUUUGGUUGUCUUUAUUAUGGUUCCUGGUAUGGAAUGUAAAAGUUGCAAGGAAAGACUUAAGACUCAUAGGGGCCAUAUUUACUAAGCAUGUCACAAAGUACCGUCAGGGCCGCAAGUAUGAUUUUUGAUUUGAUUUGAUUUUAUUUAGCACAAUUAAAAUAUAAAACAGAAACAGAAGAGAUUAAAAAGGAUUUACUAAGACUGGUUAUGUAAAUGAGCACAGCCACAGCAAGUUAAUUUAAAUGCACUGCUGAUAUUUAAGACACGUUGUUCCAGCGAGAAAAAAACUGGCAGGAAAUCUCAGUGAAAAGACUGUGAAAGACUGUCCGCGAAGUGAAAAGAUCAAUAAUUGACAUAAGAAAACUUUGGCAAAGCAUCAGGUGAUGCACCAAAGAAAAUAUGGCGUAUAAUAAGAUUGUGAAUUAAAGGGGUGGUUCACCCAAAUUGCAUAAUUGCAAAAGGUCACAUGAACUGGCAUUAACUAAUGUAGCUGUUAACAUGAAUUCAUGACUGUAACAAAUACAUUAAUAAAGCAUGAAUCCCUUGAAAUUUGAACUUAAUUCAGCUGGGGAAAAACUAAGGUGAAAAACUCAAACGAUGCUAAUCACUGCUGCAUGCUUCUGUCUUCUAUCCCCAUACACAUGGGUUCAGGAGCCUCUCUCUCCACUUCAAACAGUUCCACUGCCAAUCUGUUGUGCACUGCAAUAUUGUGGAGUAUGCAGCAGACCACAAACAGCUGUGCCACUUUCUUUGGGCUGUACAAGAGGGCUCCACAGUCCAGUCCAGUCCAGACCACAGAAUCUUAAGGAUUCUGAAUGAGUGUUCCACCACAUUUCUGGUGCAGAUGUGCACUUCUUUGCAUCACUCCAUCUCUGCUGAAUUCAGAGUUUGGACAGGCGUUUGUUUGGAUAGGCAUUGUCACCUUUAAAUGUGCAGAGAGUAUGUGAACACGUCUCAUUAGUAAAAACUUCAGAACACCGUUUUAAAAUUUCACGUUGUUUAAUUUCGUACCCGACAGUCAACCAUCUCCAUAACCGCCUCUCAACUUCUCAAACAGGCGUCCUCAUUUGCUGAUGAGGGUAUCAGUUGAACAUGUGUACAGUUAAUUGCACGGAGCACAUUUGCGAAAUUAGCAAUGGUAUAAAAUCCCCGUUUGGUUUCGGAAAUGCGUUGUAACGGGACAUUUGACGCAGCAUGGCUCUCGGCAGCAGCGACGGUGUGUUUGAACACAUAGCUAGCUAAUGUCACAGCUGUGAGCUGGAGUGAGCCAGAAGCCAGGAAGUGCAGCAUGGAAAGGAAGUGCUGCAGGGAUGGCGUGGCUUCAUUUUGCAGUUGGCUCCAUAUCAUCUCCAAGCUCAUCCUGUAACUGGAAUAUUGCAGGAUUUGGGAGCCUGUCGGUUAUUCUCCUCUGAUAUGACAAAAUGCGAUACUCGAUUUAGAAAGACUUCUCCUUUCGCAUAAAUCACCCGUUGAAGGUCAUAUGCAUAAAUUUCCAUCCUCUCCUCUUUUGUGGUCCAAAAUCAGAAUGCCCUAAAAUGCAUAUGCAUUAAUCCAAACAUGCACAUUUUAGGGAUGUCACUUUUCUCUCAUUUUACUGGCACAAACUGCUGCUGCAGCAACCUAGUGGAUAUGGAAAAACCUUUUUUGUUUCGUUGGCGUCUUUAAAAGCCAUGCAAAUCCCUAGUAAAUAUGGCCCUUAGUCUAUUCAGGUUUAGCAAAAUGUGAACUACAAUAGAUUUUUCAGGUUGUGUUGUCAGAAGAACCAGGGGGCAAAGUGGCAAAUCAGUUAGAGGUAUAUUCUGCUAUGAUAUCAGGAAUGUUUUUUGAGUCAAUAAGUGGAACAGCUUGCCAGAUCCUGCAGAACAGGCCGAGACUCUCAAGGUUGUGAUGCAUUAUAAGCCUAGAUGGGCUGAAUGGUCUGUUCUCAUUAUUGAGUAUUCUUAUGUUCUUCAUAUAUGUGUCCAAGUAAUUGCCUAUUAAAUCAGUGAUGGCAUUCAAUGUAUGGAGCAACAGAAUAGCAGUGAAUGAUAAAAG